AUGCUAUCGACGCGCCAGUGGCUGCAAUCCAAAGCUAAAGAAGUUUCAGUGCUGUUGCAAACCCUUGAGCCUCAUGGUCGAAAUCCUCGUCGCUAUUCUAUCUCUCAAGCUCAUCAAGAGAGCUUCCAAUGGAUCUGGGAUACUCAGAACUCGAGGCCUGGUUUCAGUAAAUGGCUUCGCAGCGAAGAUCCCAUAUUCUGGAUCUCUGGAAAACCAGGGGCAGGCAAGUCAACACUGAUGAGGUACUUGAUGGAAAGCGAGCAGACAAUGAACCUCUUGUCCGGACAGUCAGAUGCGAUGAUUCUUGUUCACUAUUUCUUUCAUGAGCUAGGCGAGUCACAGGAGAAGAGCUUUGGAGGCCUGUUGCACGCCGUAGUCUAUCAACUUCUCAUCGGCUUACACAAGAAGAAUCAAGCUACCCUUUUCCGGCUCUGCGAACUGCUCAAGCCACACCUAUGUCUGAACCCCACUUCCAAAGCUGCCUUAUCGGACAACGUAUUGAUGACAAUACUCCGAAAAGUUGUCGCAGAGUGCAAAGAAACACUGGGGGUAUGUUUGUUCAUUGAUGGUUUUGAUGAGUGCCAAGGAGAUCACCGGGAGCAACUGGACCUCUUGGCAGAUUGGGUCAGGAUCUCGUCCGACAAGAAGCUUUCGGUGAGAGCUUGCAUCGCUAGCCGUGUCGAAAUGGAGAUAGAACUUCGUCUCUCAAACGAGCCCACCUUUGCAAUUCAUCGUUUUACGGAACAUGACAUCUCAACCUACGUUACCGCAAAACUGAGACGAGCUUGGGACUUGAUGGCCAAACAGCGAGAUGGGACAACAGCAAAAUAUGAUCAGGAGCUUGUUGACCGAGUCAUCGAAAAAGCUGAAGGUGUCUUCGUCUGGGUCACUCUUGUAGUCUCUCAGCUCGUUGUGGCCAUAGAGGAAGAGGCCGAAUCUCACGAUCUCUACAGAUUGCUAGCGGAUCUGCCAGAGGGUCUCGAAAAGCUAUACGCAAGUGUCGUCGGCAAAAUAGACCAGAGAUUUUGGCACGACACAGUCAACUUUCUCAGCCUUAUCCAGAAAUCGAGUCACUCGGCUUCAUCAGCCCGUGCGGACACUUUACUCAAGUUUAGUGCUGCUAUCCAGGACCCUAUGAGCGCAGUUUCGUGUAACGCGUAUUUUGAAACAGGCUUUACCACCGACGAUGCUGGCCUCCCACAUCAUCAGUGUGCGCAGGUGAGACGUCGGUUGCAACGCAGCUGCCGAGGCCUUAUCGAAAUCGAGGAUGCUGAAGACCUUCCGGGCGCUAGAGUGGCUUUUCUACACCGGACUGUUGAAGAGUACGUCACUGGAAGCCAGCUCUUUGAGAGAAUGCUUGACGAGGUAGACAGCAAACUUCUGAGGGACCCAGCCGUUGCUCUUAUGGCUAUGAACUUGCGCCUUGUGAAAGUCUAUCCAGAUACUGGAUCUUCUCAGAUUCCCUAUGUUGAGGAGCUGGAUCGGGUCCUCUCCCUUUCCUAUCCAGACUGGACCAACUCUCACUACGGAUGGCGAAUCCACAAAGCUCGCCCAGACUGGAACACGGAUUUAUUAAGUCUGGCUGUCAGUUAUGAUCUUGCCCUCUACGUUCACCAGCAGAUUAGGAAGAAUGGAAAAGGCAUAAUUGAGAAAGCUCAUGGUCGACCUCUACUCUUUUACGCUUUUGAUGAUCCAUCCUUGAACAGAUAUAAUCCAGGCGUGAACACAUGUCAAGCCUGCGAAGUAUUGCUCGAGAAUGGCGCUGAUCCAAUGGAGAAUUUUAAAUCACAUACACCAUGGUCAUUCGCGAUAUCGGCACCGUGCGAAUAUAUGGGUCCUCUCGAUAAUCAGCUUCACAUCGAGAAGCUUUUUACGCUCAUGCUCGAGCAUGGAGCAGAUCCAGUCCAGCCUGUUGAUCACAGGGACCGGCUCACGCAUGGAGCAAACCCAGUCCAGGGUUUUGAUCAGAGCAACAGCUACAACAGGUGGUUAUCACAUUUUGAAAAGCUUUACAGUACAGUCUUCCACCUCGCUCUGUACUAUGUGAGGCAAGAGAGAGAAUAUUAUGAACCAAUACUCAGAUUGUUGGUAGAUCACUGCAGCGACUUUGAGGCGACCGACUCAGAUGGUAUCGGAAUCCAGGACUGGGCGGACAGUCUCAAUCCAGAGAUGGGGACUUUCCUUGGACAGGAAAUUGCAGCGAAAAAGACACGUAAAAGACGCCGGAGACACUGA